AUACACUGAAAAUUGAUCACUCAGAAAUCGUAGAUGUUUACCUGAAGAAUAGACUUAUAAAUCGUGUGUUUUAGCAACUAUUUACUUUUCUAAAAAAAAGGAUUUUUAGGACUGCUUUUCAUUUGUGAUCACUGGAUUAAAAUUUCGGAUCUCUGGAUAAUGGAAAAACUACGUAUUCUUUUUCGUCCCCAGACCGGAAUUGUUUUGAAUGUUUUGUGCAAACAAAAAACUAGCCGUUUCAGAAUACCAAAGUCAAAGAUGAGUUCUGUUUCUAAUCCCCCACAAAGUCUUUUGAAGCCAAUGGUAAUACCACAGAAGCUUCUAAUGGGACCAGGACCUUCAAAUAGUUCUCCACGGAUUUUAAGUGCGUCUGCCUUACCAAUGCUUGGCCAUUUGCAUCCAGAAUUUACAAAGAUAAUGGAUGAAGUCAAAGAAGGAACAAGAUAUUUAUUUCAGACCAGAAACAAUUGGACUGUAUGUGUAUCAGGAACAGGUCAUGCAGCAAUGGAAGCAGCAGUUUGUAACUUACUUGAACCAGGGGAGACUACUCUAUCAUGUGUAAAUGGAUUAUGGGGAGAAAGAUACGCUGACAUGGCACGAAGAAAUGGUGCAAUUGCUGAAACAAUAAAUAAACCAAUGGGUCAAGUUUUUAAUCUUCAAGAAAUUGAAGAAGGACUACAAAAGUACAGACCGGUGUUAUUGUUCCUUACACAUGGAGAGUCAUCAGGGUCCACAGUACAGCCAUUAGAAGGUGUAGGAAAACUCUGUCAUAGAUAUAACUGUUUGUUAUUGGUAGAUUCAGUUGCAGCAGCUGGCGGUGUACCAUUGUAUGCUGAUGAUUGGGAAAUUGACUGUAUAUACACUGGUUCCCAGAAAGUUUUAAGUGCACCACCAGGAGCCAGUCCAAUAUCUUUUUCAGAAAAAGGAAAAGAAAAGGUAUUGAAGAGGAAGACACCAGUUAGAUCAUUCUACUUUGAUAUGAAUCAUCUAUCAAACUAUUGGGGAUGUGAGGAGAAUCCUAGAAGAUAUCACCACACAGGGCCAAUAAUGAGUGUUUAUGCUUUGAGAGAGGGAUUUUCAAGACUAGUAGAAGAUGGUUUAGAAAAUAGCUGGGCUACACACAAGAAAUGUGCUGAGAUGUUACACCAAGGAGUAGAGAGAAUGGGGUUGGAACUGUUUGUACAAGAUAAGUCUGUCCGUCUUCCAUGUGUCACUGGUGUUAAAGUACCAGCAGGCGUUAAUUGGAAAGAAGUAGCAGAUUAUGCCAUGAAUCAGUAUAAGGUCGAGAUAUCUGGUGGUCUUGGAGCUCAGGCAGGAAAGAUAUGGAGAAUAGGAAUUAUGGGAUACAAUGCCACACCAGACAAUGUAAAUCGUGUUCUCAGAGCAUUAUCGGAAGCUUUAAAAAAUGUAGGAUUUAAAUCAAGGCUGUGAUUAUUGUUCAUAACUAUAUAUAUAUUUGUUGCUUUGUAUUAUUCAGUCCAUGGAAAAAGAUAUUGUGUGAUCAAGAAAUUUGUAGUAUGGAUUCCUUCACUUAUGUUUUAUUUGUUAAAGAAUAAAUUACUGAUUGUUUUUUGUUUCAAGUUAUUUUUGUAAGUUUGUUUCUUUAAAGACCAUAUUAAAAACAUGUUAGAAAACUUAUUUCUUUAAAUAUUUCAAUAGCCAUAUUUUGUCUGUUCAUGUAUUAUAGUUUAAAUGAAUUAUUUUGUUAAUCAAAUUUUGUCUUUAAGACAAGACCAACUUUUUCAAGCUUGACAUAAUAUAACACUUGAUUUCAUUGAGUUUUAAAAGUUUUUAAAUGCAUAACAUAUCACAUAGACUUUUUAAAGCUCUAUUAUUGUUUGAUCUAGUGUUUUCAUAAAGGGCCCAAAACUGCCAAAUGACCACAUUUAGUGUAUACAUUGAUAAAUAUUCAUGACUUGUUCAUUUAUUUUUAGUCACCAGAGAGUUGUGAUUAGAUAAUAAAAAUCAGUGACUGUGGAUUAAUUUUAUCUUCUGCCAGGUCAACAUUUUAACAAUUUAUUUCAGUGUGUAUGAAUGUUCACUCCUUUUCUAGUCCUAUUUUACUUUGUAUGUCUACUGUCAGAGUUUAACAUUCUUCAUUGACAAUAAGUUCAAAAUUGAUCCAUAUUGACUGUUUUAACAUUUUUUACUCAACACUAACAAAACAAUAAUUCCUCAAAGUACUAAAAUGGAAAAUAUGCCUUAGUUUUAAAGAUAAAAUGCCUAAUCAUGUAAACUUUUAGAAAUUAAGCAGCCAAGUUUGUAAAUGGCAAAUUCCAUAAUGUAUUAAUCAACAAUUGUGUAUAGAAAGAAGUACAUUACAUUCUUUUUGAUCAAAUUCAAAUUCCUUUUAAAUCAAUUUUAAUUUGUCUUUCAAUCUUUUUAGAAUCACUAUUAUGAUUCAAAGAUAUAGUGAUACAUUUAGAGUUAUCUCCCAUUAAGAUUAAGAGUCAUCUCCCAUAUAUGUUUUUAUAUUAUAAUAGUUUGUAUUCCAAGAAAUGUGUUUACAAUUCCUUAGUUAACAAAAAGUUAAUUAUACAGUCAUAGGUUUUAAUUUCUUAAUUGAUUAAUUGCUGUACUUAUAUCAAUUCAUACACCAAACUCUCAGUACAACUCAAUGAAAAUUGAUGUAAGAAACAUUUUAUUCUUAAUUGAUUUAAGAAACAAUUCGAGUAAGACAUUGAUCUAUUUGAAAUUUUGCACAUGGCCUAGGCCUAUACUUUAUAACCAGUGUUAGAUCUUAUUUUAUUUCAAAUAUGUUUAUAUUUAGUUGAUAAAAACAAAUGUUUUAACAUAUUAUAGCUCUUGUUUUUUGUUGCUAGAUUUCAGUAUAGAGGCAGGUUGUUUGUUCUGAAUUUUGUAAAUCAGAGCUCUGAUAGAAAUAAAUAUAAUUUCAUCUUCCUUGUUGAUCAUGAAUUAUGACAUGUAUAACAUAUAUGAAAUAUUUCAUUGUAUAAUUGGAGAGGUGGUAUAUGGUACAAUUUAUACAAUAUGAUGUUUAUAGUGCUGUAAAUUUAUACAACUGUUGCUUAUAUAGGCUAAGUUAUAGGUGAGCUUUUGUUAAUUAUACAAUUAUGGUUUGAUAUACCCGUUGAAUUUAAUGAAAGAGAUAAUUUUAAUGUUUAUAUAUAUAUUUAUAAUAAAAUACUAUUUCAGUA